GUUGGGAGACUUCUGUAGCUGAUCGUCUUGCGUCGUGCGGCUGUUUAAUUUCCCCAAUUCAACGACGCUAAAACGUAUAACCGCGUCAGUAGUUCCUGAUAAUUGAUCGGAUUUUUGUCAAAUAAUUUGUUUGUUCUUUUGUCUUCAGAUAGAAGGAAAACUAAAAUGGAUAUCUUUGACGGGUGCUUGUGGUUCAUUUCUAACAGCAAGCUACAGUUUCUUGGGUGCUUGCUGACAAUACUGAACUGCUUUUCGGCCACGUUCCGACCCAUAAGGAGACUGUAUGAUUGGAUAAAAUCCUGAUAUCGGUUUAUCUCAGUACGACCUAUGUGCCAUCGGAAUUAUCCCCCGUGCGUGUUGUCCUUGUGAUUUGUUUUUCUUUCGUUUCGUCAUUUUUCGUUCUACUGUUGCGGGCUAGUGUUUGUGCUAUAAACGGAAUCUCAGUUUCCUCUGCUUUAUGUGUAGUCAGUAUUUGGUGAUAGAAUAAUCUCAGUUUCCUCUGCUUAUGUAUAGUCAAUAUUUGGUGAUAGAAUAAUCUCAGUUUCCUCUACUUUAUGUAUAGUCAAUAUUUGGUGAUAGAAUAAUCUCAGCUUCUUCUACUUUAUCUUUAUCCAGUAUUCGGUGAUCGAAUAAUCUCAGUUUCCUUUGCUUUAUGCGUAGUCAGAUAUUCGGUGAUAGAAUAAUCUCAGUUUCUUCUACUUUAAAUUUAGUCAGUAUUCGGUGAUAGAAUAAUCUCAGUUUUCUCCGCUUUUUAUGCACUCAGUAUCUUGGUGAUAGAAUAAUCGCAGUUUUUUCUAGUUUAUCUGUCUUUAGUAUUUGGUGAUUGAAUAAUUUCAGUUUCCUAUGUUUUUUAUGUUGUGAUGAUAGAAUAGUCUGUUUUUUUUUUUUUUUUUUUUUUUUGUUUUUGCUUUAUUUAUAGUCAGUAUUUGCUACUAGAAUAUUAAUACUGCAUCUUACUUAAGUGUGACUGCGCUUUUCUUUUAAUAUUUCAUCCCAAUAGAAACUGGAGAUCAUUUAACUUGUAUUUUAUUUUUUAUUGAAGUUUUUUUUUCUUCUAAAUUUCUAGACGACGUUACACUUGAACUCUUGGCAUGGAUUCCAAUUUAGUCUCAUUUCAAUUAUUUUAGUUGACACUCAUAGUUAGUUUGAAUAUUGAUAGCUCAAAAUUGGAAAUUAAGACCUCUGGCUAUAUCUUCGUUGUUCGUUCAAAUUUUUGUUGUUCCAGUUACUAAAAUUUUUGUUUUCGUUCUACACGUUGCUAAAUUUUUUGUUGUUAUUUUGAUUAUUUUCAAAACUUCUGUGGAACUCUGAAAAUUCUAUCUAGUUUGAAUUGUUCUUUUGGACAUGUAAUUUCAAAUUCCAUUUUCACUGAUAUAUUAUAUUACCAGUAGCUUUUUUCAUCACGUGAAAUUUUUUUCUUAUUUAAAACAAUUUAAAUAUUGUUUAUUUUUUUAAAGAAAUAUUGAUCAAAAUUUACACUUUUCUUAGAGUAACGCAGUACUGUUUCUUCCCUUUAGUCUUUGAAAAGAUAACUUUAUUGAAUGUCAAUGAGCUACUCUUGAUUUUUCGAUUUUCUAAAUCAAUUUAUUUAUUUUCAGUUUUAUUUAAGCAUGAAUGCCAUUCAAGCCGUUCUUUACCUAACACCCUUCGUAAUCCUCAAUUUUUUCAAAUGCCUAUUCCUACGUAUAUUUUCGAUACCGAUAAAGGAAAAGAAAAGCAUCGAUAGCGAUACUAUUCUAAUCACUGGUGCCGGUAGUGGAGUAGGACGCAGUUUGGCCGUCCAGUUUUCGAAGCAUUCUACUAGUUUAGUGUUACUGGACAUCAAUACGAAUUCUUUGCUCGAAACGAAAAAACUCGUGAAUCAGAAAUCGAAAGUUUUUAUUUACAAGUGUGACGUUUCUGCCAGGAAAUCUGUGUAUGAAGUAGCAGAACGGAUUAAGAAAGAAGUCGGGAAAGUUGAUAUACUGGUCAACAAUGCAGGUAUAGUCUUCGGAAAGCCUUUUAUGGAACUGACAGAUGAACAAAUACUGAAGACCAUGCAGGUGAAUGCUUUAGGUCAUUUCUGGAUGUGCAAGGCGUUCCUUCCGUCCAUGAUGGAAUGGAACAAAGGCCACAUCGUCAGUAUUGUUAGCAUCGCUGGUGUCUUUGGUGGACCCAAGCUGACUGAUUACUGCGCCAGUAAAUUCGCUGCUCUUGGUUUUGCGGAAUCUUUGGAAUUGGAACUGAAAGAACAAGGAUUGGACGGCAUCAAAAUUACCACAAUAUGUCCGUCCCUGAUAACAACUGGGUUGUUUGAAGGUGCUGACGUCAAAUCUAUGCACACUGCUCUAACUCCAGAUUAUGCUGCUCAACAAAUUGUGAAUGCGGUUUUAGAAGAUGAAGAAUUUCUGUUCCUUCCAAGAUCAUUCUAUUUCAUGUUUCUAUUGAAAGG